AUGGUGGUCAAAACGAGACGGGGUAAGAGGAAGGAGAAUCCAACGGAGGAAGAGGCUCCGAGAGUGAAGUUUGUGAAGACGGCCUCCGGAGAAAAUUUGGAGAAGACGACGAUGGAGGAGAGUGAAACGAGGGCGGUGGAGAUUGUUGAAUCGACAGCAAAGACGACGGAUGAAUCGACGGCAAAGAUGACGGAUGUUUCGACAGAGAAGACGACGGAUGUGUUGACGGAGAAGAUGAGAAAGGACUCGACGGAGAUUACGGCGGAGAUAACGGAGCCGAGUAAUGUGGCUGCAGAAGCUGCUCCGACGACACUGAACAAAGGUCCUGCUCGCCCAUCUCCUCCAGCUCCUCCCGCAACUCCGGCGAUUGGGACCGCCUCUGGAGAUGAAGAGAAUGAGAAACCCGCUUCUGGAGAUGAAGAGAAUGAGGGUUUUGAAGAAGAACAAGAAGAACCAGAUGGAGAGAACGAAGAUUUGAAUGGUAAUGAGGCACCCGAGGCAAUCAAACCAACCAGAAUGUUCUUCAAUCCAUCUGAGUACAAGAAAAAAAUAAAGCUAGGGACAAGGUGUAUGAUAGCUAGCGCGAUUAAGACGCUAAGCAAUCUGAAACCCAAGCUGUCUAACGCGGAGUAG